UGUACAUUGUCACGCAAAAUCGCAGCUAUUCCUCUCUUCUUCUCUCUAAAUUUCAUGGUCUUCUCAUCUUCUCAGACCUCUUCCUACUGUGAAUGUGAAACCCUUCUUCCUGCAUUGUCAUGGGUUUGAAGGGAGUCGCCCAGAAAGGCAAGGGCGUCGCCGAUAAGGGCAAGGCCGUUGCCGAUAAAGCUUCUCCAGUCGGAAAGCGGAAGCGCAGCGACGACGGGAAGAAGUCCGGUCGUCUUAGGAGUAACCCGGAAGUCUUAAGGUUUUUUGAAGAUUCCGCUGACGCCUCCGAUGAUAGUGAUUCGAGCGAUAUCAGUGACUACUUCAAAGAUUUUAUGGAAGAGGAUUUUGGACUGGGAGAAAAUGUUGAUACUGAAGCAGGAAAAUCCUCAAGUAUUCCAUUUAUUCCUAAAGAAGAGGAGAUGGAUGAAGAAGAAUUUGGUAGAAUGAUGGGAGAUGGAUAUAACGAUGUCUCUCAGUCUGCUUCCUAUGCUGAAGGUGAUCAUGAGAACAAAAGAUCAACAGACAGAAGUUCGCGUAUGCCUUUUGAUGAUGAUGCAGUUAUCUGGAAAGUCAAAUGUUCGGUUGGACGUGAGAGGUUUUUAUCUUUCUGUUUGAUGCAGAAGUUUGUUGACUUGAAAGCAUUAGGAAAAAAAAUGCAGAUAAUAUCUGCAUUUGCUCUUGAUCAUGUGAAAGGAUUUUUGUUUAUAGAAUCUGACAAGCAAAGUAAUGUUAAUGAGGCAUGUUAUGGUCUAACUGGUAUAUAUGCUUCGAGAGCAAUGCCAGUUCCUAAGAAUGAAAUUUCUCGCCUGUUCUCUAUUCGGCCUCCAAAGAAUGAGAUUUCAACGGGCAUGUGGGUCCGUUUAAAGAAUGGAAAAUAUAAGGGUGACCUGGCUCAGGUUGUGCAUGUGAGUAAUCCGCCUAGAAAAGCAGUGGUGAAGCUGAUACCAAGAAUAGAUCUACAAGCGAUGGCUGAAAAAUAUGGUGGAGGAGCUACUGCCAAGAGAGUAUCCAAUCCAGCACCGCGAUUAAUCAAUUCAAGUGAACUUGAAGAGUUCUUACCUCUCAUUCAAACCAAGAAAGAUCGUGAUACUGGGAUGAUUGUUCAAGUUCUUGAUGGCAUGAUGAUCAAGGAUGGAUAUUUAUUCAAAAAAGUAGCCAUAGAUUCCAUAAGCUGCUUCGGUGUUGUUCCAUCAGAAGAGGAGGUGAUGAAGUUUAGCACUUCUAAGAACAAUGAACCUGACAAUGCGGAGUGGCUUUCACAGCUCUAUGGUGAACAGAAGAAAAAACGUUCCAUUAGAAAUGAUCCAUUGCGCGACAGAGUGAGCUCAGGGUCAGUUGCAGGUGGUAAAGGGGAGAGCUCAGGGUCAGUUGCAGGUGGUAAAGGUGAGUUCUCAGGAUCAGUUGCAGGUGGAAAAGGAGAGAGCUCAGGGUCAUUUGCAGGUGGAAAAGGAGAGGGCUCAGGGUCAAUUGAAGGUGGAAAAAGAGAGUGCUCAGAGUCAAUCUCCAUGAAUAGUUUUGAAGUGCAUGAUCUUGUGUGUGUUGGCCGCAGAGACUUUGGGGUUAUCAUAGGUGUAGAGAAAGAUGAUAGUUAUAAGAUACUGAAAGAGGGUAGAGAAGGACCCAUGGUGGUAACUGUUCAACAAAGUGAGUUAAAGAAUGAGCCAUCGGAUAUGAAAUUUACUGCUUUAGAUCACCGCAUGAAGACGAUUGGUGUAACUGAUACUGUGAAGGUUAUGGAAGGGCCAUUGGAGGGCAAGCAGGGAAUUGUUAAGAAAAUUUAUAGGGGGAUUGUGUUUAUGUAUGAUGAGAAUGAAACAGAAAAUUGUGGUUAUUUCUGCUGCAAAUCUCGUAUUUGUGAGAGAGUGAAGCACACUCCUCCUACCACUUGCAAUGAAAAGGGUGGCGAGUCUAGUUUCCCUUCUUUUGAUGAUUUCCCAUCAUCCCCCAAGUCCCCUCUAUCCCCUAAGAAGCAAUGGCAAUCAAGAGACGACAACCGUAAUUUUAAUCAGACCGAUAAGGAUGGUAUAUUCAAUAUUGGUCAAACUUUGAGAAUCCGCAUUGGUCCAUUAAAGGGGUAUCUUUGCCGUGUCAUUGCAAUACGUCGUUCUGAUGUCACAGUCAAGCUUAACUCUAAGCAGAAAAUUCUUACAGUUAAAAGUGAGCAUCUUUCUGAGGUUCGUGGGAGCAGCUCUGUUGUUCUGAGUGAGGAUCCAGAAUCUAGUUUCCUGAAACCUUUUGAUCUGUUAGGAGGCGAAGGAUUGUCUUCAGACUGGGCGGGUGGUGCAGGGACAUCAGGAGCAGGUGAUGGGUGGACUUCUGGUGGAGGGGCUAGUGAAAGGAGUUCUUGGACUAAUUUAUCUACUCCAGGCUCUUCUUCGAUGCAGUGGGAAUCUGGCAGUGCAAACGAUGUUGGUGCUGAUAACAAUGCUAAUAAAGGCGUGGAAGAUGCUUGGGGGAAGAAAGUGACUUCUGAGACAAGUGUUGCUUGGGGUGCUCAGGCAGCUGACAAAGAUGGUGCUGAAAAUGAAGCUAAUGAAGAUGUGGGAGGUGCUUGGGGUAGCAAAGUGACUUCAAAGACAAAUAUUGCUUGGGGUGCCCAGGCAGCUGACAAAGUUGGUGCUGAAAAUGAUGCUAAUAAAGAUGUGGAAGAUACUUGGGGGAGUAAAGCGACUUCAAAGACAAAUGAUGCUUGGGGUGCUCAGGCAGCUGACAAAGUUGAUGGUUGUUGGGGGAAAAAAGACAAUGAUAAAGCUCUUGAUUCCUCAAAUGGUGCUUCUGCUUCCUGGGAGAAGAACAUUAAUGUGCAUGACAAUCAGGAUAGUGGAAAAGCUGUGGAAGAACCCUGGGGUAAAGGGAAGAAUAUUUCUGAAAAUUCAGCUGGGAGUUGGGGGGCUGCAACUACUAAAAAGAAUCAAUUAGAUUCUUGGGGCAACAGUAAAAGUGUGGCUGAUGACAAAGUCUCUGACGAUUCAUCUUCUUGGGGUAACAAGGCUUCUUUUCUAGAUAAGAAAAACAGUGGAAAAUUUGGUUCCAGCGACAAUGAUGACAGCCGAGAUUCAAAGAAAAGUGGUUGGAAUUCUGGAUCUGGUGAAGAGUCUGUUUGGGGAAAAAAGACCAAUUUGAAUUCAGAAUCUGGGGGUAACAAUGAAAAUCAAGACUCUGUGUGGGGCAAGAAAAGCAGUUGGAAUGCGGAAUCUGGUGGUGUAAGUGGAAAUCAAGAUUCUGGUUGGGGCAAGAAGAGUGAAAACAGUGAUAAUCAGGGCAUGAAGAGUGACAACAGUAAUAAUCAAGACUCUGUGUGGGGCAAAAAAAAUAGUUGGAAUGCGGAAUCUGGUGGUGUAAGUGGAAAUCAAGAUUCUGGUUGGGGAAAGAAGAGUGAAAACAGUGAUAAUCAAGACUCUGUGUGGGGCAAAAAAAGUAGUUGGAAUGCGGAAUCUGGUGGUGUAAGUGGAAAUCAAGAUUCUGGUUGGGGAAAGAAGAGUGAAAAUAGUGAUAAUCAGGGCAUGAAGAGUGAAAACAGUGAUAAUCAAGACUCUGUGUGGGGCAAAAAGAGUAGUUGGAAUGCGGAAUCUGGUGGUGUAAGUGGAAAUCAAGAUUCUGGUUGGGGAAAGAAGAGUGACAACAGUGAUAAUAUGUGGGGCAAGAAAAGUAGUUGGAAUGCUGAAUCUGGUGGUGUAAGUGGAAAUCAAGAUACUGCUUGGGGCAAGAAGAGUGACUGGAACUCAGAAUCUAGUGGAACUAAUUGGAGCUCAGGAAGUGGUUUUAAGGAAAACCAGUCAGAUUUUGGGGAUGAUAGUAAGCGUAGUGGUGGAAACUGGAGAGGAGGGUUUGGAGGUAGAAGCGGAGAUAGAGGAGGCUACAGGGGUAGAGGUGGAGACAGAGGAGGCUACAGGGGUAGAGGUGGAGACAGAGGAGGCUAUGGUGGUAGAGGUGGAGACAGAGGAGGCUAUGGUGGUAGAGGUGGAGACAGAGGAGGCUAUGGUGGUAGAGGUGGAGAUAGAGGAGACUUUGGUGGUAGAGGUGGAGACAGAGGUGGCUUUGGUGGUAGGGGUAGAUCCGACAGAGGAGGCUUCCGUGGUAGAGGUGGAUCAGACAGAGGAGGAGGGGCCUUUGGAGGUAGGGGCCGUGGAAGGAGGGAUUGGCAGGACGGAACUACUUCCAAUGUUGAAGAUUGGAAUACUCAAGCAACCCCAGUUACAAAUGAAUCAACUGAAGCGUGGGGAUCGAAGUCUUGGGGUAGUGGUGGAGGCAGUGGUGAGGGAAAUACUUCCAAAACAGAAGCGUGGGGUAAGCCACUGCCAUCAAAGUCUUGGGGUAGUGGUGAUGGAACUACCAAUACAGAAGCGUGGGGUAAGCCACCGUCAUCAAAGUCUUGGGGUAGUGGUGGAGGCAGUGGUGAUGGAACUACUUCCAAAACAGAAGCGUGGGGUAAGCCACCACCAUCAAAGUCUUGGGGUAGUGGUGGAGGCAGUGGUGAAAGAACAACUUCCAAUACAGAAGCAUGGGGUAAGCCACCGUCAUCAAAGUCUUGGGGUAGUGGCGGAGGCAGUGGUGAUGGAACUACAUCCAAUACAGAAGCGUGGGGUAAGCCACCACCGUCAAAGUCUUGGGGUAGUGGUGGAGGCAGUGGUAACGGAAGUAGUUCCAAAACAGAAGCGUGGGGCAAGCCACCACCAUCAAAGUCUUGGGGUAGUAGUGGAGGCAGUGGUGAUGGAACUACCUCCAACGCCGAAGCGUGGGGUAAGCCAACACCACCAUCAAAAUCUUGGAAUAGUCAACCAAUUGCUGCAGAUGCAAAAGACACAUCUGAUGCAUGGGGUAAGCCACCACCGCCAAAAUCUUGGGGUAGUGGUGGUGGCUUCAAAGAACCUAGUUCAACUGCACAAGCUAAGAUUUGGAACAGUACAGAAUCAAACUCAAGUACUGCCAGUGGAGGUUGGGGUAGUGGUUCCGGCUUUAAAGAACCCAGUUCAACGGCACAAGCUGGCAGUUGGAACAAUCAGGGGUCAGAAUCAAAUGCUGCAAAAGAUACAAGUGAUGCUAGUGGAUCAACUGAUUCAUGGGGUAAGCCACCAUCAAAAUCUUGGGGCAGCGAUGGUGGGAAAGGAGGAUGGUAAUCCACUUGUUAGUAGAGAAUGCUUUCUUUUCUUUUUCUAUUUUAAGAAGGAACAUGAUCUUCAUUCUUGAUCUGGGAUCUAUAUAACUCCUGACACAGAAUGUUCGUAUGGCUUUUGAGGUUAAUCACUUUUUAUUUUGAGCAUAUCAGACUGACUAGAGGAAAACCUUUGGGUUAUGUUUAGAAUUUAGAUUUGCUAUGCAAUCUGUUGUUUAUGUACAGUUUUGGAAUCUCAAUUAGCAAUGCGUAGUAUUCUAUUUAGCUA